AUGUUGCUGAAAGCCCAUCAGGCAACAGAAGUCUGCACGUUCCAGAGAGGGCAGCUCCAGGGCCUGGCCCUGGGCUGGAGCGCAGGGGACACCCAGGAGGCGAGGGGGGCCACUGCUGCCACCCCUGCCACCAGGCUCUUCGAGGAGACGCCCUCUCCCCCAGCCACCGUCCCGGGGAGCCGUGCUCUGCGGCAGAGGAGUCCGGCGGUGGAGCGCAGGCACGGCCUGCAUGCACCCAUGCGAUGGGGCUCUGGGGCCCUGGCCAGCACGUCCCCGUGGCCUCAGCAGCGAGGGAGGUACAUGGAAGUGAGCGGCAACCUGAGAGACUUGUAUGACGACAAGGACGGCUUACGGAAAGAAGAACUCAGUGCCAUUUCAGGGCCAAAUGAAUUUGCAGAAUUUUACAACAGACUGAAACAAAUUAAGGAAUUUCACCGGAAGCACCCAAAUGAGAUCUGUGUUCCGAUGUCAGUGGAGUUUGAGGAACUGUUGAAGGCCAGAGACAACCCGAGUGAAGAAGCUCAAAAUCUGGUGGAGUUCACAGAUGAGGAAGGGUAUGGACGAUAUUUAGAUCUGCAUGAUUGUUAUCUCAAGUACAUUAAUCUCAAAUCAUCAGAGAAAUUGGAUUAUAUCACUUACUUAUCCACAUUUGACCAACUCUUCGAUAUUCCCAAGGAGAGAAAAAAUGCUGAGUAUAAGAGGUACCUUGAAAUGCUUCUUGAGUACCUACAGGAUUACACAGAUCGAGUGAAACCGUUACUGGACCAGAAUGAACUUUUUGGGAAAAUUCAGACUGAGUUUGAGAAGAAGUGGGAAAACGGCACGUUCCCUGGCUGGCCGAAAGAGACCAGCAGUGCCCUCACUCAUGCUGGAGCCCACCUGGAUCUCUCGGCAUUUUCCUCUUGGGAGGAAUUGGCCUCCCUGGGACUGGACAGAUUAAAAUCAGCUUUACUGGCCCUGGGACUAAAAUGUGGCGGUUGGACUCGUCUCCGUGCCCAGAGACUCUUCAGCACUAAAGGCAAAUCCCUAGAAGCACUCGAUCCUUCCUUGUUUGCUAAGAAUCCAAAGACGAAAGGAAGCAAAAGAGACACUGAAAGAAACAAAGAUCUUGCAUUCCUGGAAGCUCAGAUUUAUGAGUAUGUAGAAGUUCUUGGGGAACAGAGACACCUCACUCACGAGAACGUGCAGCGUAAGCAAGCACGGACAGGGGAAGAGAGGGAGGAGGAGGAGGAAGAGCAGAUCAGUGAGAGUGAGAGUGAAGAUGAAGAAAACGAAAUCAUUUAUAAUCCUAAAAAUCUGCCUCUUGGCUGGGAUGGCAAGCCAAUCCCAUACUGGUUAUAUAAAUUACAUGGUUUAAACAUCAACUACAAUUGUGAGAUUUGCGGUAACUACACCUACCGAGGGCCGAAAGCUUUUCAGCGUCACUUUGCAGAGUGGCGGCACGCUCACGGGAUGAGAUGCCUGGGCAUUCCCAACACGGCGCAUUUUGCCAACGUCACGCAGAUUGAGGAUGCAGUCUCGUUGUGGGCAAAGCUGAAACAACAGAAGGCUUCAGAGAGAUGGCAGCCCGACACAGAGGAGGAAUACGAGGAUUCUAGCGGGAAUGUGGUGAAUAAAAAGACCUAUGAAGACCUGAAACGUCAAGGGCUGCUGUAGCUUUUCCCAAGGGAAGGAUUUCACACCUGAAAAGCAAGUGGAUAUGUGUCAGCAGCUCUGAGUCUUCUUCUGUUUCUGGAUUUUCUAUGUGCAUGAAUAUAGAUUUCAAGGAUACUUUAUAGAAUCACUUUCUAGUAAGCCCCUUGUGAAAAGCAGACGUGUGACGUUAUUUUAUAUUAAAAACCCCCUUGAAGAAUAAACUGGUUUUAAUUUAGGAAA